AGCAGUGUAACUCGAAUCGCGAGACCAAUCGCGAGUCUGCAAAUCUUCGCUCGCGCGCUACGUUUAAUCAUACUUCUGUGACACGACCAAAGAGCUUUUUGCGAAUCACGUGAUGGUACAACUUUCGAGUUUCGUUUUUACCCUCGGGUUACUGGCCUGUGCCAACGGAGCUGUCCUCGAAGUCGCCUACCAAUGGAAAUAUUUAGACUGGCUAUGGCCAAACGUUCAGUUGACCGGGAGAAAUUAUACGUUCGGCAACGCGUUCACACAAGACGUGGACAUCGACAGAUACGGUCGUAUCUUCGUGACGAGUCCUCAGUGGCUGAACGGUACACCGAUUAGCUUGUCGUUGGUAACGGACGUCGUUGGUUCCGGUGGUCCUUUGCUAAUACCAUACCCCGAUUGGUCCUGGCACACGGCGCACACUUGCGACAGCAUAAUAUCUGUGUACAGGUUGGCGAUAGAUGAAUGCAAUCGAUUGUGGGUGGUGGAUACCGGUCACAUCGGUAGAGAGGCCGUUUGUCCAACGAAAAUAUUGAUCUUCGAUCUCAGCACCGACCGGCUGGUCCAUAAAUAUGUGGUACCGGAUGAUCAAGUGCUGUACGGAAAAGCGGCAUUAGUUACGCCGAUCGUCGACGUCGGAAAAACGUGCCUCGAUACUUAUCUGUACGUGGCGGACGUGGAUCAAAAUGGCCUACUGAUUUACGACUUGUACCACGAUUAUUCGUGGCGAGUGAACAACACGCGCGGCAACGCUUUCGGGCCGGACGACGAUGCGAUGUACAUCACCAUCGCAGGCGAGAUGUUCGAUUUGACCGAUGGCACUCUCGGAAUGUCACUGUCACCGAUCGGAUUUUUUGAUGAAAGAUACCUGUACUUCAAUUCGCUGGCCAGCUUCUUACAGAAGUUUACCGAUACGUACUCCUUAAAGCAGAGCAAAUACAUCGAGCCGAUCGUGUUCGAAUCGAAUUAUAAGCGGGCGAGCCAAGCCGGCGUGCAGGCUACGUCGCGGAGGGGCAUAAUAUUUUUCCAAUUAGUCCAAUUAACGGCGGUCGCCUGUUGGAACAUUGAGAAACCGUUUGCACCGGAGUACAUCGUGACAAUUGCUCAAGACGAGGAGAAGCUGCAGUACGUGAGCGGCAUCAAAGUAAUUGUAAACAGACUGGGGGAGGAAGAACUGUGGUUCAACACGAACCGGCUGCAAAAGACAAUUAAUAUGACCCGUACACCCACCGAAACGAACUUCCGUUUAAUCAGAGGGAAAGUUGACGAUAUUAUCAGGGGGACGAAUUGCGAGCCUUCUGGCGUAAGGCGUAGAAUCCCGGAUACCAGCUUCUGGCACCGGAUAUAAAUCAGAUAAAUUGCGUUACCCUAACCGAAAUUAAUCUUCGACAGCUUCGCUGUAUAUAUUCUUACCUGAAGCUGUAGAAUAAUAAAAAUGAUGUUCCUUAGUUGCAAAGGGACGCUCGAACCGUGUGUUCGAAUAAGAUAAUUUA